AGAUCGGAUACGUCAGAGGCCUUCUGGAGCGAGGAGUUGCGUCAAUAAUCCGCCUCAAUUUGCGAUAUUAUUUGUAGCAUCCAUACCCCUGGGGACUCACCAGCCGACAAACAAGCCAUACCAUAUAUAUUUUUUUGUCAAUAUAUAUAAAAAAGAAUAUCUGGUGAAUGAUUUCGCUCGGGGUGCUAGCUCAGGCUUUCGAAGCUUUCCGAGUGUCGUAUAAAUGUUGGUAAUACAAUGGCCAUGGGUCUUAGAACCAUUCUGCCAACCCAGCAGUGCAGAGCCAACACUAGGCUAAAAAGCCAGAACCAUAAAGUGACUGAAAGUGCUAAAGUUUCCUGGUCUUUCGCCGCGAUCACCAUGACUCAAAAGAUUCCGAAGGGACCCCGCCUGGGUGUCCGUCACCUGCAGUCCUUCCUGCUCUUCCUUGGACUCACGGUGAUGCACAUUGCCCGCCUGAACGUGAGCGUGGCCAUCGUGGCCAUGACCAAUGCCGCCAGUACGAAUCCCAAUUUUCCGGAAUACAACUGGAAUGAAAAACACAAGUCCUACAUACUGUCAAGCUUCUACUGGGGCUAUAUCCUGACCCUGUGCCCCGGCAGCUUCUUGUGUCGACGGUACGGCGCCAAAGUGGUUCUCUUUGUGGCCAGUUUCGGAACGGCUGUCUUCAGCCUGAUGACCCCCUGGUGCAUAUCCUGGGGCGGUUGGCAGGUCUUCUGCGCCAUCCGCAUUCUGCAAGGCUUGUUCCAGGGCGUCAUCUUUCCCUGCGUCACCGAGCACCUCGCCAUGUGGUCGCCGCCGGAGGAGAGAAAUCGUCUGGGCGCCUUCAGUUACACGGGAACGGACUGCGGCACGGUGCUGGCUAUGUUCAUCAGUGGCAUGAUUGCCAAGGGCGCCAUGGGCUGGCCUGGCAUAUCCUAUGUCUCGGGCUCCCUGUGCGCUGCCUGGUGUUUCCUUUGGCUGAUCUUUGCGUCCAACAAUGCCACCGAAUCGCGGUUUAUCGGCGAGUCGGAGUGCAAGUACAUUGAGUCUUCCCUGCAGCACAACGAGGACUUCCACGAUCGCACCAUACCCAUACCUUGGAAGGCCAUCUGGACCUCCGUGCCGUUCUUGGCCCUCCUGGUGACGCGCUGUUCGGAAACAUACGGCCUGAGCACGCUCCAGGCAGAAAUACCCUCCUACAUGAACGGAGUCCUCAAUAUGGACAUCCAGAGCAACGCCGUCUUCUCCUCCCUGCCUUUCCUGGCCAUGUGGCUGCUGAGUUACGUCUACCUGAUCGCCGCCGAUCUCCUGCUAAAGAAGAAAAUCCUCUCCCUGACCUCGGUGAGGAAGCUGUUCAACACAAUGUCCUUCUGGAUACCUGCCGCCGCUCUGAUCGGCAUCGGCUUCCUCAACGAGGACCACAAAAAGCUGGCCAUCAUUCUGAUGACCGUGUCGGUGGGCGUAAAUAGCGGCGCUACCAUCGGAUCUUCCCUGAACACCAUCGACCUGUCGCCCAAUCAUGCUGGCAUUCUGAUUGGCUUGAGCAACACGGUGGCGAAUGUGAUUCCCAUCCUCACCCCACUGAUUGCCGGCGAAAUCGUGACCGAUAAGCACAAUCGCGGCCAAUGGCAGAUCGUCUUCGGAUUGGCGGCCAUUAUAUUCUUUCUUGGAAACGUGGUCUUCGUCAUUUGGGGCACUGCCAAGGCGCAACCCUGGGAUGCCGACGACUAUCUGCAGCCCAAGGAUGCAGAGUCCGCCAAAGAAAAGUCCCCCACGCCACACGCCGAGGUCGCCCCACCCAUCGAUCCCAUUUUGGAGCAGCAAAUCACCUGGCCAGAGAGGUACACGGCAAAGGCUGUCGAGUGAUUUCUUGAUUUGUGGCGGAAGUGGCCGUCGCCACUUAAACAAUUGAUUUUGUUAAUCAGUAUUAACCAUAAGUAGGCUGUAAUUUAUAUUUAUUCUAUUUAUAAGGGGUGACCGUAGCGUGCGGGGCAUAAGUAAAUUAUUUUCAAUUGACUCGCUUUUGUUCCCAAUUGUUACCAAUCGGCCGAGCUGGUGUUGUGAUUCCAGUACUCCAAUCGAGGAGGACAAUCUAAUCUGUUAAUUUAUCUCAUAAAUGUAUAUAAGUAUAUAA